GAGAAGAGAAAGUCAAUGCCUCAAUGUGUAGAACUUCGCUAUGAUUGGCAGGCAGUGCAAUUAUUUCGGAAAUUGGAAAAACAAGUUUAUAAAUGGACUUGAACUCAUGAACACCUCUUCUCUUAACUCCACGGCAUUUGCCUCUUGACUACUUCAAAGCUAGAGGCUAAGAAGAAUAGCAGAAGCAAAAACAUGGCAGAGGCAGAGGCAGAGGCCAGUUUCAGAGAACAGAGAUGGUCUCUCAAGGGCAAGACCGCCCUUGUCACUGGCGGAACCAAAGGCAUUGGAUAUGCCAUAGUAGAAGAGCUGGCUGGACUUGGGGCGGCAGUGCAUACUUGUUCCCGUAACCAAACAGAGCUCAAUGAGAGAGUAAGAGAAUGGGAACUUAAAGGGUUCAAAGUAACAAGUUCAGUUUGUGACCUCACCUCCAGAUCCCAGAGGGAGAAGCUCAUCGAGACUGUAUCCUCUGUUUUUGGUGGCAAGCUCGACAUCUUUGUAAACAAUGCUGCAACAUGGAUGCUCAAAGACGCUAUACAGCAUACUUUAGAAGAUUACUCGGCUGUAAUGGGUGCCAACGUUGAGUCUCCCUACCAUCUUUGCCAACUUUCACACCCACUUCUGAAAGCAUCAGGAGCUGCAAGUAUUGUGUUCGUAUCCUCCAUCGCUGGUGUCAUAGCUCUACCUAAAGUUUCAGGCUAUGCAGCAUCCAAAGGAGCAAUCAACCAAUUAACAAAGAACUUGGCUUGUGAAUGGGCAAAGGACCAUAUUCGCUCGAACGCUGUUGCACCGUGGGCAGUCAGGACCCGGGAUAUACCCCCUGAUGCUCUUCGUUCUGUUGAAUAUGACAACCCAAUUUCUCGAACUCCUCUUGGUCGUCCAGCAGAGCCAAAUGAGGUCUCAACAGUGGUGGCGUUCCUUUGCCUUCCUGCUGCUUCAUACGUCACCGGCCAAGUAAUUUGUGUCGAUGGAGGAUACAGCGUGACUGGUUUCUAGCGAUCGAACUCAUUAAUGUGGUGUUACUAUUAGAGUUCCGGCUCAAGGUGUUGAUAAUACGAAGAAGUCAGGUAAGCGGGGUUCAUAUACUAGUUUUGUAUAAAAUAAAUAAAAGGAGGUUGACUUUGAGAAUAAAUGUGUUUAUUUUCUUUUUGAAAGAGAUGAUCUGAAAAUAAUUUCAGAUGUUUAUUAUGCAUAUACAUAAAUUCUAUAUAAGAGAAAGUGUUUUUCUGUCAUGACUGGUGUAAACAUGAGCUAGUUUUGUACACUUUAUUUCUGAACUAUGUAAAAGAGCGAAUAUGAAAAUCUAAAAGUUUUAUUAUGAACAAA